UGAUCACAGCGAGAGAGAGAGAGAGAGAGAGAGAGAGAGAGAGAGAUUGAGGGAAAAGAAAGAAAGAGAAGAAAAGGGUUGGCAGCUUCCCUCCCUUCCUGCGUAAAACCGAAGAAGAACUAAUCCAUUCUCGCUGAUAGCUGAAGAGAUUUCUAUCGAGAUUCAUCCAAGAUAGUUCGAGAAAAAGAGGAAGGAGUAGAUGUUUUUGUUUCCGCUUUUUUCCUAGCCCCAUCCCUUGUUUCCCCUCAAAUUUUUCCUGCAAAGCUUUUAUUCUUGGUAGAAUUUGAAGCUUUGGAUCUUCUCCGCGAAAUCUCGAUCCCGUGCUUCCCAUUCUCCCCUUCCCUUUUCCCCCUUUCCGCUCCCUCCCUGGGAACCCAGAAAAGUCCCCCUUUUCCACAAUCCUUUCCGAUUAGGGUUCCUCUUCUUUCUCCCGGUCGCCCUCGGCGUCGGGAACUUCGGGGCUCGGCCUUUUAGAUCGGAAAGCUUCGACCUUGGGAUCCGGGGACCAGUCUAUUGGGGCAUCUGGAGUGUUCCGGGGAUCGGAUUAUGGGCUCUGGUGCUCUGGAUCCUUGUUCUUGGCGGGGUGUCAGUUUCCCUUUCGGAGGUUCUCUUUCCCAUUAAAAAAAGUUCUAUUUCUAUCUCUAAUUUCGCUCCCGAGUCUCGGAAUUGGCCAUGUCUUAGGACAUGGAAGAAGACUGCACUUUAACGAUCAUCUUGGUGUUAUUCCAAUUUCGGUAUAGUUGAUUCAAGUUACCGGUUUUCUGCGCGUUUUUUUGGUGUUUCCGGUGGUCGGCGAUACUAUUCUAGCAAACUGGAUCUUGGUUUUUGCUGGGGUUGGUGCCUUGACGACCACUUAGAUUUUCUGAGGCUCAGUCUGUGUUCUGAAGGUGUAGUUUGACACUUGGAGGGGUCAAAAUUUUGCUUUACUAGUACAGUAAGUUUGUCUUUAGAUCGAUUUCCUCUCCAUUUGGAAGCUCCUAGGGUUCGUGUUUGUCUGUUUGGGUGGUGGGUUGUGACGAGGGCAAUGGCGAGGUUUUGAAGCUGGAAUGUGUUUGGGGACAUGGUGCAUGGACAGCAGCUUGGCCAGUGGUCGGUUCCCACACUGGAACAGCUGUACUGGAAACUAGGGUUUGUAGCUGAUCCAGGGUCUACGUGCAAUGUCUCGCUGCUUCCCAUUUCCGCCACCAGGAUAUGAAAAGAAGCCAAGGAGUGAAAACGUAGAUUUACUAGCCAAGGAGAAGCACAAAGAGAAGAAGCAUAAAAAGGAGAAGAGGGACAAAGAAAAGAGAGAAGGUAAAGAGAAAAAGGACAAAGACAGAAGUAAAGAUAAACACAAAGAGAAGAAAGAUCGAAAAGAAAAGCACAAAGACAAGAAAAAAGAUAAACAUAAGGAUAAAAGCAGGUCAUCAGAGGAUAGAAGAACUGAAGAACAGACUGAGGGUCGCCAUGAAGACAGAUUUAGGGAAUGCAGCCAGAAGGCUGAGGAAGUUAAAGAUUUUAAAUUUACAGAGGAUUUGGGCAGGAGGAUCAAGGAUGAAGAAAAGGGGGCAGCAAACAGAAUGGUCGAGAACUUCACUAGUUCAUUUCAGAGAAACACUGAAAAAUCGAGUACUGCCACUGUGGUGGAGAAGAAAAGAGUUACAGGUAAUGAAAUGCUUCCAAAUCACACUGGAAUGCAAAGGAGAAAUGAUGGAAUGGGACAUCCAGCGGAUAACUUUCCUAGUCCAAUUCAAAGAAAAAUUGAGGGCACAGUCUCUGGAACUGCGAUGCAGAAGGAAAGAUGUGCAAGUAGUGAAGUGGUUCCUAACAGCAUUAGUUCAGGGGAAAGAGGAAACACGGCAAUGGGCCUAUCAGCAGAAAAUUCAAUGCAUUCUAUUCGAAGAAGAUCUGAGGGGCCGUGCAUUACAACUGCAUCAGAGAAGGAAAGAGGCACAGGUGCCAAAAUCGUCUCAAAAGCCAGGGUUACAGUGCAAAGGGCACAUGAUGGGAUGGGCCGACCAGCAGAAAGUCCAUCUAGUUUCUCUGGUGCAGUUCAAAGAAAAAUUGAUGGUGUGGGCCUUGCAACUGCGAUGGAGAAGGAAAGAGGAAAUGGUAAUCCAGUUGGUCCUAUCCCCAUUUUCACAGAGGAAAGAAGAAAUGAUGGGCUUGGAAAAUCCGCGGCAAAGGAUGCAGAUAAGAAGAUUGAAGAGAGGGAGAAAACCAAAGAGAGGGAAGUGGAUGAUGGAAAGGGAGAAAAAUGCAAGGAUGAGGAUCGGGAUGAGAAGAACAGAGGAAAGGACAAAGACAGACACAAAGAGAAGAAGGAUAAAAUAAGAGAGAAAGGUGAACACAAACAUAAAGAACAACAUAAACGAAGAGACAGUGGAAAAAAGGAUCAGAUUGAUAGUCUAAAUAUAAAGCAAAUAGCCCCUGAAAAAGACAAUGGAAUGAGUACUGGUUCUGAUGAAACUGCCAAGAAGAGGAAGGACUUUGAGAUGAAUGGUUUUUUGCAUGACAACGAUGUACGUCCUAAUAAGUUUUCAAGAGCAGCACCUUCCUCUGACCUCCCUGUGGAGAAUGGAAGAACACUGGAGUUAUCGCAUGUUGCUACACCUUAUUCUUCCAUCAAGCCUGGAGUCCUAAGUAACAGCAAACCAGAAAGAGUCCUAGAAAUUAAGGACCAGAAGAUAAAUGGCACCGCAGAAGCAAAGCCAUCUUCAGCUGACUUGAGGCAUCCAAUUGCUGUAGACACCAGGGAGAAGGCUAAAGCUCCUCUGAAACCUCCUCACCGGGAUGCCAAAUAUCUUAACCAGAUAUACUCUGUUCCCAAAAUGGAAGAAUGGCCUGAGUCUGAUGAUCAAGAAUGGCUUUUCAGUAGGGAUCGCCUUCGGCCAAAGCCUAAGACGAAGUUUGAGGCUGAUGAAACACCUUGUGUGUCGGCUGAGGCAUUACGGAUUGAGUCAGAGGAUGUUAUUGCCUUGCCAUAUGUCAUUCCUUUCUGAUACUAGAUAUUCUAUUUAUGCUCAGACAUGCUGAUCGCUGAAUUCUCACUGAAGGUAUGGCAGCAUGGCAGAAUAGAUGCCUGUUUUCUUGCUGCCCUUAUACUCUAAUCCUGUUUUACCAGGUAUGUGCUUGGACUUCCUGCAAUUAGUAGUACAUGACCUCCUGGGCUGUUCGGGUACAAUGGUUCGCCAGGCAUUGCGUGCUCCCAAUCGAAUGGACUUGGAUAUAUCAACAUUUCUUUAUCUAUACCAAUUGUAAGUCCUUCAGGUAGAAAUGCAUUGGAUUAAUGGAAUGUCCAAUGUCCAUACCAGCGAACAGAGAUGUUGAUGGACUUUAUAAAUUUUCAUUUAUUUCAAAAAUCUGAGGGAACAAGGGAGAAGCAGGGAGUUGUCUUGCUGCAGAACUGCACAAUUUUGAUUGAUUUGUAUCAUGUAAAUCUUUUCAUAAUUAGAAAUGUACAAUAGAGGGGCAAAAGAGAGAGAAGAAAAUGAAAGAGGCUAUUGUCAUUCAUUCAUACUCUGUUAUUUGGUCAUCUGCUGACUUUAUUUGCCUUAUAGAAUGUGGUGAUUAUUUGGUAGCUUA